AUGCACGCUUUGACUCUCAUUGCAUCCGGAGCUGCCGUCUUGGCGUCCAUGUCAUCCGUGCAAGGCCACGGCUACAUGGUUCAUCCUGAUUCGCAGUGGGUCGAGGGCUACCCGAACAAUGGCUAUGGCAGCACUAUUGACAACGAGAUUUGGGGAGUCUAUGACAAUGCCAAGUAUGGUUACGGCGCGAAUGGCACGCUCAAAUUCUUCACCGAGACGUUUCCGACCAAGGGGUAUAAGUCGCUCGGCGCGUUCAUUAUUGAGAACCAGGAUCUCUUCCUCCCUAAAGUCGACCCCAACUGUGGGUUGACAGUCUACAAAGACUCGGCGCGUUCGGAGCUACCGGCAUCGGAGCUCACGUACACCGGUUUCACCCACCCUGGACCGUGUGAGGUCUGGUGCGACGACACCAAGGUACUGUUUGACAGCGACUGCCAGACAACAUACCCCGGCAAGCCUGCCACGAUGCCGUACGACAAAUCCAAGUGCGCGGGCGCCAACCGGAUGACCAUCUACUGGAUUGGCGUGCAAGGCGACCCGUGGCAGGUAUACAUUGACUGCAUGUGGCUAAAAGGCGGUUCUGGCAUCGGUGCGCCACCCUCAGCUGUCAGCAAGGGCAAGUCGAAAGGUGGUUCUGCUUCCAACUCAACUGCUGCAAGUACCCCUGCACCGUUGACCACCAUUGAUUCGUCAGCGACCACACCAGCUCCGUCAACCACCACGGGUUCGUCAGCGGCCACACCGGCUCCGUCGACAGCUGUCGUAAGCACAGAAGCUUCAGGCUCCGAAGAGCAAACGUCCAGCGAGGCUUUGUCGUCUUUUGAUGAAAGCUCUUCUGACGAGACUGCAUCGCCUGCUGAUAAGAUCGCUACUGAAGAGACCAUUUCGUCUGCUGAUGAGAUCCCUACUGAUGGGAUCUCUUCGUCUGCUGACGACAGUUCUGUCGAUGAGGUCUCUUCCUCCAUUGGCGAAAGCCCUACCGACGAGACUCCUGAAGCUGAGGCAACGCCUUCAGUUUCAACAGAGCCAGGAGAUACGGCCAUCACGGCUCUUCCUGCCACCGAGGCUCCAAGUAUAUCCAACGUGAGCACUGGUGCAAAGUGUGUCCGUCGCCGGAGCUAG